UGCAUAUUAUACAUAUUAUAUUAUAUAUUAUGUAAGUACUGAUACAUAUACCGCUUCUAUACCAGCUACUACCUAAUACGUAAAUAUUAUAAUAUGCAUUUAAGUCGUCAUUAUUUUAACAAAUAUAUAUAGGUUCGAAACGAGCCAUUGUAUUUGGAACGAAACUCGUAUAACGAUUUACACACACCACUGCACUAUGUAUAGGUAAGGCCUGCGCCUAUAUACUUAUAAGCGCACGUGUAUAUGCGAAUACCUUUUACGAAAGUGUCGUGUGAGAACUAUAAAACCGCUAAGUCUUCGCACCUGUUCGCGGAGUAGAGAAUAUUUUCAGAAAAAAAAAAUAAAAACAGAAUACACAAACGAACCAGAACCUACUAUAAUAUAUAUAGGUAUAUAUACAAAUAACCUAUAUAUACGUUUGUAUAUUAGGGCUGGGCUUACCUAUAGACUAGGAAACUAUAAUGAUAAGUACUUUAUAGGCGCACAUAUACCUAUUUAUAGGUUGUUAUCCUAUAUAGGGUGGCUCACAUAUAAAAUUCGUUUGGGUUCACGAAAACCAAACAUUUAAUUUUUAUUUAAAAAUUGGUAUACGUAUACUAUAGCUGACCGUUUCCAUGCGUUCCUAUGGGAAUUUCUUAUAAAUAAAAGAUAUAAUUAUAAUAAUUAUACCUGCAUAUAUUAUGUAAAUACGCGUACAAUAACAAAAUGCUAUGUCAGUACCUAUAUUUGAUGUACAUCAUUAUAUUAUAUAUAUAGACUCAAAAACUUCUCAACCAAUUCUGACGGAAGUUUAAGAUAUCGUUCUUAGAGUUAUAUCAGGAAAGUUUAUAUAGAAAGUGAUUUGAACCUGCACGUUCGAAUAAAUAUAGAUACCUACCGAGUGGCCUACAUCCAAUUAUCCGUCACAGGAAUCCUAGCUGUAGCUAAUAUAUAUUAUAUUCUCGGUCGAAUUAAUAGUUCACAAAGAGAGUUACAUACCGAUGUCACACUAAAACCUAGGUACACCAAUAUAUAGCACUGUGUUUCAAGUUUGUUAUAUUUCUCCCGGUCAAAGUCUGUAGGUUAUGCAGCUAUAUAAUAUAUAUAGCUGAUAUUAUGAUAGUAAAUAUUAUAUUAUUACUAAACGUAUACGGAGUAGGCUUCGAAGAAAAAGCGAACAAAUGGAUAUAGACGACACUAUCCUAUAUUAUUGGUAUAAGAUAUACGACUGUGGUUCUGGGCGAAGGGGGGAAAAAGGCGCGAUUACAGAGCACUGUGUAGCUGCGAUCCGACCGCCGACGACGCCGCCGAUAUCGAUCCGCGGCGGCGCGCGCGACGGGCGGGUCGCACGCCAUUGGUCGGGUAGGCGUGACCUGGGUGGCCACUGUAACCGGUGGGUCGAGAACCCGGCGGCGACCCGGCAGUUUGAUCGCCCGACGCAGCCGCCGCACGCGCGCAAACGGACCGAACGGAUCACGCGGGCCGCACGCGACAGCCACAUCGCCACCAGAUCAGUACAUUACGGCUGCAGUGACCGACUAUUCUACAGAUUGUAGAAUACUGCUUUUAUAUCGUGCGCGCGAAACCGUAUACUACCUAAUAUACAUAUAUACGCGUAAUAGUACCUACACGGCGGUUAUCGUGACGGGAUUCGCGCAUACGGCUGACCGCGGGCAUGCUGUUGCCGUCGGACAUGUUGGCCACACAAUCCAAGAUGCUGUACCAGCUGAACAAGUACUGCGUGGAACGGGUGGAGACUAGGAAGACGGCCACAGCCAAGGCGGUGCGGGAGGUGUGCAAGGUGGUGCAGACGGUACUGCACGAGGUGGAAGCUCAGGAGCCGCGGUUCAUAUCUUCGCUGGCCGAGUGUAACGGCCGGUACGAGGGCCUGGAAGUGGUGUCGGCCACUGAAUUUGAGAUCGUGCUCUACCUGAACCAGAUGGGAGUGUUUAACUUCGUCGACGACGGGUCGUUGCCCGGGUGCGCGGUGCUCAAGCUGAGCGACGGCCGCAAGCGGAGCAUGAGCCUGUGGGUCGAGUUCAUCACGGCGUCCGGGUACCUGUCGGCCCGCAAGAUCCGGUCCCGGUUUCAGACGCUAGUGGCACAAGCGUGCGAUAAGUGCGCGUACCGGGACUCGGUCAAGAUGAUGUCGGACACGGGCGAGGUGAAGCUCCGGAUCCGGGACCGGUACGUGGUGCAGAUCACACCGUCGUUCAAGUGCGCGGGCGUGUGGCCGCGGUCAGCCGCCCACUGGCCGGUGCCGCAGCUCACGUGGCCGCAUCCCAACCUCAUCGUGCAGGUCAAGACCGAGGGAUUCGACCUGCUGUCCAAGGACAGCGUUAUCAUGCAUGGAAAGCAGAACUCAAUGGAGGGCGACGCGUGGGUGAUGUCCUUCACUGACGUCGAGAACCAGCUGCUUUAUGGCGGCUGCCGGAAGCGUUGCCUGAGCAUUCUCAAGACGCUCAGGGACAGGCACCUGGACCUUCCCGGCAACCCGAUCACCAACUAUCACAUCAAGACCUUGCUGCUGUACGAGUGCGAGAAACACCCGCGGGACGCCGAGUGGGAGGAGACCGGCAUCGCGGACCGCAUCAACGGCAUACUGCUGCAGCUCAUCUCGUGCCUGCAGUGCCGCCGGUGUCCGCACUACUUCAUCCCGCACCUGGACCUGUUCAAGGGCAAGACCCCAGCAUCCCUGGAGAGCGCGUCUAAACACGUGUGGCGCCUCAGCCGAGAGAUACUCACGAACUCCAGGGCCUUCGACAAGCUCUGAGGGACCUCGCGGCCCGUCCGCCUCGACGCGUAUAUUUUGUAUAACGUUAUAUUAUUAUAAUUUAUUGUCAUUAUGUGUGUGUUUAGUUAUUACAGAGUGAAACCUCUAUGGUCACGAGGGACACGCUCUAUCGAUCGGUAACUACGAAAGUUUAUCGUCCGUUAUUCGGAGGUGUAUUAUUAUAAUCAGAGGUUUCACCUUAUUUUUUUUCACAUCAAAUCGCGUUCGCGUAUACAAUAUAAUAUAUUACGUACAAUUUAGUACCUAUUAAAUUAUAUAAUAUAAUAUUAUUACUAUAUACGCCACACCUAAUAAUAGCUAGUCAACGCGUUUCCGUCGGACGCUGAAAUCGAUGAGAUAUAUAUAUAUAUAUUAUAUAUAAUAAUAUACUUAAUGUUAUAUAAUAUUUUAUAUACUAUUUUAUAUACCUACCUAUUAUAUAGGUAUUAUAUUAAUACAUGCGGAAGUCGCAAUGCGUGAUGAUGAUUAUAUAAUACAUUAUUAUUAUUAAUUUAUUAUAGUUAAAUUUAAAUGCAAUGCAGCCGCCCAGAAAGAUCUCUAUAUAUUGUAGAACCGACAACGAUUAUCCUCUGUAGUUUACGCACUUUACGUUACAUAUUUAGGUAUAUUUAUAAUAUAUAUACAUUAUGUAUGGCAUACUCACGUGUGAUCAUCAAUGGUUUAUUAUAUCAUAUUAUUUAUGAUUAUUAUAUUAUUCUACCUAUAUCGUUAUUAGUACUAUAAUAAUUAUUAUACCUACUUCUAUUUUAUUACAUAUUUUUUUUUUUUAAUCCUUAAGUUACAAUAAUAUUGUUUUUUUUUUCGUUUUUGUUGUAUGUGUGCAAUAUUAGAUGUAGUAGAACGAUUAUAUAAUAUUAAAUACAAUAUGCUAUAUAAUUUUGUUCGUAGGUAGGUACUUAAUAGUUAUUUAUUACAUGUAUUAUUAUUACUUAUUAUACUGAUACAAUUAUUGAUAAGAUUGACUUUUUUACUAUAUAUGCGAUUUAUAGACGGAUAUUAUUGUUAUACAUAUAUUCUUAAUUAUCGGCUUUCUUCUUUUUAAUGUCUUAAUAGCUCAUAAUAAUACCUAUUAUAUUGUGUUUGUAAAUAUUUUAUAAAUACCUAUAUAAAUAGAAUACAUUAUUUAUAAACAAUAUUAUAUAUAUACCUACCUACAUACUAAGUGAAAU